AUUUCUUGACAUUCUAACGUUGCUGUACAUACACUUCUUGAACUAGUGCAAUCGGUGCAGGAACAGAAAAUAAACUUAUGAUCUUAUGAUCCGUUCGCUUGUUCAAAUCGUCAGGUUGCUGCACAGUUCUUCAGGAAAAUUGAGAAUGGAUCCGCUCGAGAAUGCUAAGAAAAUUGCGGCUUACAAAGCUGUUGAUGAAUACGUCCAUAAUAAUAGUGCCAUCGGAAUUGGCAGUGGAUCCACUAUAGUUUACGCUGUUCAAAGACUUGCUGAACGUGUUGUAGAAGAAGAACUCAAUGUAAUUUGUGUUCCUACUUCGUUUCAAUCUCGUCAACUUAUAUUAGAUAAUCAUCUUACCUUAGGCGACUUAGAAACUCAUCCACAUCUGUAUUCUGCAAUUGAUGGAGCAGAUGAAGUUGAUAAAGACCUGAAUCUCAUUAAAGGUGGUGGAGGAUGUUUGUUACAAGAAAAAGUUGUUGCUUCCUGUACCAAUCGAUUUGUUGUCAUAGCAGACUAUACAAAAGAUUCAGUAAAGCUUGGCGAGAAGUAUAAAAAGGGAAUUCCUAUUGAAGUAGUUCCUAUGGCGUAUGUGCCAGUUAAACGUAAAAUUGAAGAUACUUAUAGAGGAACUGCGAAAAUUAGAAUGGCCAUUGCUAAAGCUGGCCCAGUAAUAACAGAUAAUGGUAAUUUUAUUCUGGAUUGGCAUUUUCCUGAUGUUGAUCCAAAUUCUUGGAAAAGGAUUAACAUGGAACUAUCCUCUAUACCUGGAGUUGUAGAAACUGGUCUAUUUACAGAUAUGGCUGAAACAGUUUUUUUUGGUAUGCCAGAUGGCACUGUACAGAAACGAAGCAUAUACAACUGAAUGAAACUUAUUUGGUUGAAACGUUGAAUGCAUGUUAAUACACGAAUUUUAUUAUACAUUUUAUUCUCAUUGAGCAACGGCUUCAAUAACGUUCUGAUAACGCUGUUAAAUCAUGAUUCUUGAUAAUCUUUUUUUGCUAUCUUGCCUUUUACUUUGUCCUA